GCCAUGCUCCCUGCUCAGGAGGCAGCCAGAAUCUACCACACCAACUACGUGCGUAACGCCCGGGCCGUGGGCGUGCUGUGGACGGUUUUCACCAUCACCUUCGCCGUAAUCACCGUGGUGGUGUUUAUCCAGCCAUACUGGAUCGGGGACAGCGUCAACACGCCGCAGGCCGGAUACUUCGGCCUCUUCCACUACUGCAUCGGGAACGCGCUCACCUCGGAGCUCACCUGCAAAGGGAGCGCGCUGGACUUCGGCUCCAUCCCUUCCGGCGCCUUCAAGACGGCCAUGUUCUUCGUGGGGAUCUCCAUGCUGCUGGUGGUGGGCAGCAUCGUCUGCUUCAGCCUCUUCUUCUUCUGCAACGCGGGCAGCGUGUACAAGAUCUGCGCCUGGAUGCAGCUGGCCUCCAGUACAUGCAUGGUGAUUGGCUGCAUGAUCUAUCCUGAUGGCUGGGAUUCAGAUGAGGUGAAGCGCAUGUGUGGCCAGCGGACCGACAAAUACACCCUGGGCAACUGCACAGUGCGCUGGGCCUACAUCCUUGCCAUCAUCAGCAUCAUGGACUCGCUCAUCCUCUCCUUCCUGGCCUUCAGUCUGGGGAGCCGGCAGGACAAGCUGCUGCCCGAGGACUUCCAGGUGGAGGAGAAAGAUAAUGCAUAGACGCCCUGAGGACAACAGGGACCAGAGAUCGACAGGAACUGAAGACGAGUACUACUGAUGUCCCAGAUGCAUUCAAAAGCUUCAGGAGUAAAUUAACAUAAAACAUUAACUAAGGAGGAGUCCACCUUGUCCUCAAAACUGAAAUAGCUAUCACCAGGCAUUUAAAAACCAUGGCAAGAGUCUCUGUCCACAGUGCUAUUUUGGCAAAAAUCACAUCACUGAAUAUGGUGACUGUGCUUUCAGGAUUUUCAAACUACAGAUAAAUGUAAAGCUGCUCAUAACUUCGGAGUGAAUUCUCUUAAGUGCUUACUUUGCUGAGCUACAAUAUUAAUGAAAUGUUAAAAAAAC